GCCGCCCCGCGCCCGCUUCCUCCCCCGCUCCUCCUGUCGGGUCGAAGUGGGAGGAUCCCGGCAAUCCCCAUUGCUCCCCUGGUCUCUUUCUGGAAGGGAGCGCAGCUCAGCGGCUCCUCAGAGAUGGGGAUGGAGUGGCGGGCGCGCGUCGCUGCUGCGUUCUGCCUCCUUUGCGUUGCUGGAUCCGUCCGGGCAGGAAGACCACCGUCAGGUGCUGUUGGAAGCGGGGCGGGCAAAAGAGGAAGUUUAGCGGGGUUGGAGGGCGUGAUCGUGCAGGGAAUGAUCCGAGGCGUCCCGUGGCUGUCGGGGAAAGCCCAGAAGCAGGACCCGCCGCUUGCCGAUAGAUGGGGAGCGGGGAAUUCGGGACGGGUAUGAGUUUGGGAGCUUGGGAUGCUAGCAGUGCCUCUCCACCCCCCACCCCCAAAAAGAAACCCCAAAACCUGGCUGUCCCUGCAGGUAUUUUGUACCGCAACCCCUAUUGUCCCUGACCGUUGACGGGGUCCACUAGUGUAGAUGGGAGUUGCAGUCCGGUAGUUUCUGGAGAUCGCCAGGUUGGGAAAAUCUACUUGUGAGGAGUUUGCAGGGUGAAUGGAGUGCAAAUCAGGUGAGCAGAAGGAUCCAGGUGCCUUUAUCAAGAACUGUUGCCUGCAGAAGGGAGACUGUCCAGGACUGUCCGGAGGUCACUGCGGUUAGGUAGCUUGAGGCCAGCACCCCAUGCAGCUGGUUUAAUCCUAUUUGAUUAAUUUUGCAAACUGCUCUGAGGUAUUCUACAAUCAAGCGGCAUAUAAAUUUCAUAAGGUCUGUGAGGUAGUUUGGGGUGUCAUGGGAGGUUAGCAGGGGGUCAGUUAUUAAAUUCAUUAUUAGCUCAAUUGCAAAGAUAUUUAGGAUGGUUUGGAGGUCAUCCUCAGAGUGUGCACACACUGUGUUGUCAUCCUCAUAGUGAAUGGUUCACUUUGACAGCCAUUGUUAUCUGUGAUUGUUGCUGUCAUAUUAUCAUGGAGGAGUUGAAUAGUGUUCACAAAUUUAUCUGGGCAGUCAAAAUUGGCCUCCACAGUCACUUACAGACUCACUUUUAAAACCGUGUUUAUGGAAGACAAUCUUACUCGGCUACAAGUGAUCGCCAAAGAAGAAGAAGAAGAAGAAGAAGAAGAACUCAAUUGGCAUAGGUCUUUGUAGGAUUUCUGCCUUGAAUACUAAAAUGCUCAGCGCAUUACAUUGCAACGGUGCCAUUUAUUUCUUCAAUCCCUUUGGAAGAAUGCCUAAAUAUCCCUUAAGUUAGUUUGAUGGUGUUAAUCCCUUUAAAAUGGUAUUAUUGUACAUGGGGCGUUGAUCUGCUGCUAGUUUUUCUAACAGGGUUAAGCAGUUAAAAUUAGCGACUGAUACAUCCCACUCUUCUCAUUGUUUCCGUCUAAAGCAUUGACUGAUAGUGCUAACACUUUCCUAUUAACUCUUUGGCUUUCAAGAUGGCAUGAAUGUCCUUUUCAUCGUUGCUGACGAUCUGCGGCCUGCAUUGGGCUCUUACGGCGACCCAGUAGUGAGAUCUCCAAACAUUGAUCAGUUGGCUUCACGCAGCGUUGUAUUCCAAAAUGCUUUUGCACAAGUAAGCAACACAACAUUAUGUAAACUUUUACCACUCCCUCUGUUUCUGGUGCUCAGGUUGUGUCACUUUGUGUAGACAAAAUGUCUACCAACCCAUUAUAGUCAUAUGUUGGUAAUCUCAUGUUUCUCUGCUGACGACAAUCUGCAAGGCCAUUUACAGUUUUCCCCUUUUUCAUAUGGCAGGUGUUGACUAAUCCUAAAGGAUUAGUCGUAGUCAUGGAGAAUGGAGUUAUCCAAGGCUGUUCAUGAUUUUUGCUGCAAUGUGUCUUCGUACAAACUGGCUGGGCAGAGGAAAAUGUGUCACUUGAUGCUUAAAUAUCAGUUCAUUGUGAAAUCAGGUGGCCUUGGUGAAGACUUGAUGUUUUCAUCCACAAAAAAUGUUUUUGAUUUGAGUUCCUACUGAAAUGAGGCUGCAUUUUAAUGUUGUAUUUUAAUCUUGUUUUUAAGUUGUAGUUCAAUUAAUUGUUUUAUACCUGGUGUUAGCCGCCCUGAGCCGGGUCUUGGCUGGGGAGGGUGGGGUAUAAAUAAAAUUUAAUAAUAAUAAUUUAAUAAAAAGCCGUCCCUGUCUGUCAAAGGUAGGCCAUAGGGUGGCAGGUAGGGAAGGCAGGGGUCUGGCCUCUUCGCGGGAUUGGCUCAGAUGUUCAGGAGCACUCAGUGGUUUGCCACUGAAUAGCAAUUGCUGGAGCGGGGGAGGCUAUUAAUAUCAUGUCCUUGAGGUGUCUUAGCAACCAACAAAGAUGUUGGAUGUUCCUGCUUCAAACUGAUAGUGAAGGCCACUUGACGAGAGACUACAUGCUGUCCUAUGAAUCUGCUUGCUUGCUUGCUCAGAUUAGUACCAGAGAGCUACUUUACACUGAAGUGGACUGUUUGCCUUUAGAGCUCAGUGUUGUCCACUCUGACUCACAUCAGCCCUUGGUCUUAUUUCAUGCCAGUGGCAAAGGAAGGAAAAACUGGGAGGGAAAGGGAUGGCAGAGAGAAAAAGAGAGAAGCCCCGGCUGCUACUGGUUCUUUCUCCCACUCGCAGUCAGCAUCUAGGCUCCAACAGAUUCUCCUUGACAGAACGUGGUCCUCAAAACAGUUUCUGUGUCCUUUGGCAGAGAAAGGACUGUCCCUUCAGCCUUUGCCUGGAGCUAUCAGGGACUGAACCUGAGACGCCUUGCAUUCAAAGCAUGUGCUCUGCCAGUGGUCCAGGGCUGCAGGAGGUCAAAGACUUGUUGCUAUUUCUGCAGGAGAGUCCCUGUCUCUGGCAUCCCUGAGCCAAUCAGCAUCAAAGGGAUGAUUCUUGGCCUCUGUGUGCUCCAAAGGGAAGCAUUUAGGAACACCAAAAGCACGAGGGGCUUCCAUUCCAAGAGAAUGGUGAGCAAGUCAUGUUACAUACAAUGCAACUUCAUGGAAAACACAACUUACGUCACUCUAAAAGAAGCUACUGGAGCCCUCCAAACCAUUUGCCUAUGCACAUGUAUAGAAAACAGCUGAAAGGCAACAUAUGGGAUCUGUGUGGAUCAUUACAAUCCAUCCCUCAUUGUAAAAACUUAGUAGGUUGUAUAAUCUUAGUAGGGGGUGCAGCUGGGGUGUAGCUGCGACUAUCAUGAGGGGAUCUUGCACUUCUGAAUUUGCCACCACACUAUUGUCUACCACUGAGCUAUGGCCUUCCUCUCCUUUCCCCCCAGCAAGCUGUCUGUGCCCCAAGCAGAGUGUCAUUCCUCACUGGGCGGAGACCAGACACCACCAGGCUCUAUGAUUUUAAUUCCUACUGGAGAGCGCACGCGGGAAAUUAUUCCACGUUGCCACAGUACUUCCAGGAAAAUGGCUACAUCACCCUCUCCGUAGGGAAAGUGUUUCACCCAGGUAAGCUCUGAAUUGGAAGGAUGAGAUCUGCAGAACCCACUUUUCCGUAAGCCGGGUGGCUUUUAGAAUUUGGAGAAUUAAUUUGAAAGGAUUCCCCCACUCCACUCCUGGACAUUUAUUCUGCUGCUUCUGUUUUUCAGGGGUUUCAUCAAACCAUAACGAUGACUAUCCGUACAGUUGGACCACCCCUGCUUUUCAUCCCUCAUCCGAAAAAUACGAAAACACAAAGGUGAAUGGAUGCUAUGGCUAAUUAUUUCUAGCAUUAUUAACUGGGCUGCACUGCUGGUGUGCGUGGCUGGUUCGCAGAGAUAUGGAGGCUACAGUGCUGUGCCUAGUUAACUUGGGAAUUAUCUUAAUUGAACUUAGUGAUAUUGCCUUCUAAAUAGGCGUGUGUAGGUUUGUGCUACUGGACAAGUCUUGCUUUCAAGGACGUUGCAACCUAAAGCCAGUAGUGCAAAUUUAAACCAAACUAGACUUUAAUUUUUGUUGGAUUUAGCCAACAAUAAAGCUUUUGAUUUAUUUAUAACCAGCACCCACAUACCCAUUGUUGCUUGGGAAUUCUAAGAAACAAACAAACAUCAGUUUCUAAGUCAGUGGUUAAAAUCAGAUGGAAAGGUUCAAUCUGCCAUCUUGAUUUAAAAUGGCAUCCGGCUGCAUCCAAACAUAGAUUAAAAAAAAAACCCUUCUCCUUGAUCCCAGGAACCAUCAUAAAAAAAUUGAUGACAAUAUCUUAAGGAGCCCAAAUGCAUGGCGAACAAACAACUUUCCAAAAUAUAUAGUAGAUGGGUUGUAGUGUGUUUAUCAUUCAAAUGUUGUACUGUGCAUUAUCGUUUUUAAUGGUUUCUAAACUACAUGGAGAAUUCUUGUUAUAUGGGUGGUAUAAAAAUGGAAAAAAGGAAUGAAAUAAUAAGUAAAGAAAAAUAAUUUGUAUUCUGCCUCUCCCUGAAACAUAAAUUUGUGUUCAAAGUAGCAUACAAAUUCAGGUCUAAUCUAACUGUAAAGCAGAAAUACAUUGGAAUGAGAUGAGGAUAAGAAGGAGUGUAUGUGCACAAUUGCAGCUACAGUUAAAUAAAGUUUGGAGAUAGCUGGGAAUGAAAAUUAAGAAGAUAAGCCAAAGUCCAUGGGGAAGGGUUAGAUUUUGAGGAGGGCUUUGGAGAAAGAGGGGAGAUGAGAUAUAUGGGGAAAUGACUUUGGCAGGUUAUAGGGACAUAUUUUUGUUUACUCACGAGACCAUUAAGAAAGUCUUCAUACAUGAGUAGCAGCAGUCAAAGUGGUGUGGGCAGGGGGAGAUGAAGGCCCCAAAGACCCUCCCAGCUGCGCAAGCUACCCAUAAGCAAUUCGCUUGGGGGUGGCAGGUGCCAGACGUUCGACAGGGAACAUGCUUCCAUUCCAUGGGAGGACCACUAACAGUGACUCUGCUGAAGACCUAAGGGAUAAGGCAAGGAUAUCCGGAGGGUAUCAGGAGAUCCUUAAGGUAUCCGAGUUCCAAGUUGUUAAGGACUUUGUGAAUCAAUACAAUAGGCUUGUGUUGAUUUCACUGGGACUUUUUGCCUUGUGAUUUGUUUUUGAUCCCAGUGCCCCUCUCAGGAGACUGUUUUCUUCUUUUAAAGGUUUGCCAAGGGAAAGAUGGAGAACUUCACGCCAACCUUAUCUGCCCAGUGGAUGUUUCAGAGAUGCCCGAGGGGACCUUGCCAGAUAUCCAGAGCACUGAGGAAGCGAUUCGUUUAUUGAACAUUGUGAAGGAGAGCAAGAGCAAGUUCUUCCUGGCUGUUGGGUAUCACAAACCCCAUAUUCCAUUCAGGUACCCCCAGGUAAGGAAGCUUGAAUAGAAGAGCCCGUCUGAAAGAAAUGUGCAGUCCUAGACAGUUGUUCUAGAUCAAUGAAAAUCACAUGGGGUUUGGAAUUUGGUUGGCCAAAAAUGGUUUGGUUGCUUGCCCCUCUAGAUCAAGUAUGGGAAACUGCGAGGUGGACAGCCAGUGGUGACUUAUCUCUCCCAUUUGACCAUCCGAAUCAAUGCUAGCGAAACUGAACAUGCUGCCUUUGGCAAUGCAACAGGGGAAAUUCCUGAAAAUACAACUUGUAGAGAGACCGUGCCCCUGCGGACAGAGGCAGAUAGAAUCAGUCAUGCAUGUUCUUUUGCACUGGCCCUGGCAUCAGACAAUUUGAUCUACGUUUAUAAUCAGUUGGUUGUUAGUAGGGAGUAGCAUGCAGAGGAAUGGAAAGUAGCCUUCCUUAUGUUUUCUCAGGAUGGGGAUAAGAUGGAGAUAUUAGCCAGGUUUCUGCAACAUGCAGCGAGGGUUUGCGAAUGUUAUACAACAUUAACUCAAGUGUUAGAUGCAGGUUUUGAUGAGUGAUUUUAUGGUAUGUUCCAAUAAAGGUUUGAGAAUUUGAAUUUGUGUGGGGAACUGGAUCCGGUCAAUGGGUUGGAGCCUUAUCUCCCCGCACCCACAGGGACCAAUUUUCACAGGUGGGUGAUGCAGUCAGUGGCUCCCAUGGGUGGAGUUUCCAUCUACAUGGGGUUCUUCAAAGUUCUCCCUAGUCACAACACGGCUGCUGCCACACGCCAAACACAGCAUGUUGCCUGGUCGUAAGAACCACUGCAGAACAGCAGUAGAAAACCUGCAGCCUGUUUUUGUUUGCAAGCCUUGAAAUGGCUCUUCUGAAAUCUCUGCUCCAGGAAUUUCUCAAAUUAUACCCCUGGGAAAACAUCACACUGGCCCCUGAUCCUGAUGUUCCUAAAGGGCUCCCUUCUGUGGCCUACAAUCCCUGGAUGGACAUCAGGCAUAGGGAGGAUGUUGCAGCACUGAACAUCAGCUUCCCUUAUGGGCCAAUUCCAGAAGACUUCCAGGUAGGUGAUAUAUUCCCUUUCUCUGCACUUAGCUGAAGUGCAAGUCAAUGAUCUGGCUGCUCUCUGCUCCAGGUUUUGCAGGUCCCUUGGGCAAGGUGCAAUUCUUGGGCCCCCUGCUCCCUCCCUUUGGGAGCCUAUAUCCUUAUGCCCACCAGCUGCUGCUGCUCCUCUUCCUCAUCACUGCUUCCACCUAUUUCCUUGCAAGGUAUAGAGCUGCUGAGCAAGCAGGCAGCAACACCCACCUCUCUUGGGCACCAGCACGGUUGUCUGGACCAGAGUGAGAACUAGUGGCUCACGCAGUGCUGGACAGGAGGAGCAGGCCCGAGGGGCGUUCUUGUCAGUAGCUCCCUUGCUGGGCUGCUGGCCUUUGGCAGAUGUCCAAGCAUGCAGAUCCUUAGUGCUCCUGGAUCUCGUUCUGAUAUGGGAGUAGGGAACUUGGGGAAUCCUUAGCUUUUGGGGUUUGCUUUAUGGCAGAACGUUUCAGGGCAUGCUUCAGAUUUGGGGGGAGUGCGGGUGGCACCAGUCACAAAGUAGCUGCCAUGGUGGCGGCAGGAUGGUGGGCAUGUGACAUAACACCAGACAGGGACCGUGGCAUAACAUGAAAUUAGAGAGACAGCCGCCUCGCAACAGCCUUAUGCUUGGCAUGGGAAAGUCAGCUGUGACCUGGUUGGUCCUUAGUAUGGAGAAAUAACAUAAUAUUGAUUACAGACACACACAGAGCCUCUGUUGUGAUCUAAUAACAGACAAAAGCUCCUUAUUAAUACUGGGAUGGAGCCACUUGUGUCCCUUCCAGAUAUUACAGGACUACAACUCCCAUCAGCACCAGCCAGCAUGGCCAGUGGUGAAGGAUGAUGGGAGCUGUAGUCCAACACCGUUCAGUAGGUCACAACUUCCCUAACCUUGGUAUAAUAAGUUGGGCAAGUAGGUUGCAAGCAGGUCUUCAGUGUGAAAAAUACCCCGAGUCAUAGCUGUCAACUUUCAGAUUUGAAAAUAAGGGAUCAGCAGCCUUGAAAAUAAGGGAUCAGCAGCCUCACCUGUCCCGGGGACAGUCUACGGGAUAUCUAACAAUCCGGGAUAGCAGCGGGAAGCAGCGGGAAACGGUGAUGGAAUAAGGGAAUUUCCCGCAAAAAAAGGGAAGGUUGACAGCUAUGCCCCGAGUCCUUAUAGAUGCUUUUUAGAUAGUCCUUAUAGAUAGUCCAUGGAUGCUUUUCUAAUUUUUUUUGCAGCGGCAGAUUCGUCAAAGCUACUUUGCAUCUGUCUCUUACGUGGAUACGCUGGUUGGGAGGUUGCUAAGUGCCCUAGAUGACAUGGAGCUGUCCCACAACACAAUCGUAGUGUUUACCGCAGACCACGGUAAGUUGUCUUGUUGACAUAUUAAUACAGAUCUUUCCAAACACUGUGUCGUGACACAUUAGUGUGUCACCUGCAGUGUGCAGCUGUGUUGCAUGAAUGCUCUUCCUGGGGCUGGGAAGGGGUUAGUUUAACCUCCGGUUUGCUAGUAAAACUGAAUCACUGGAUAGCGAGAUGAUGCCUGUCUAAAAAGUGUGUCACCAACAUGAAAAGUUUGGAAAUCAAUGGGUAUCAGUGGCUAUUAGUCAUGAAGGAUAUAUAGUAACUGCCUCCAGGACCAGAGAUAGUUUACCUCUGAAUACAAGUCACCUAGAAUCAGGAUUAGGACAUUGCUGAUGGACUUGGGUCCUGUUUGAGGGCUUCCCAUGGGUUUCUGGUUUGCCACUUUGAGAACAGGACGUGGACUGAAUUGGCCACUGGCCUGAUCUAGCAGGGCUCUUGCGUUCUUACAAAGAAUUGGCAUCUUCAUAUAUCGCAGGGGUAGGGAACCAUUGGCUCACCAGAUGUUGUUCAACUGCAACUCGAAUCAGACCCAGCAAGCAUGGCUAAUCACCAGGGAUGGUGGAAGCUGCAGUUCAGCAACAUCUGGAGGGCCAAAGGUUCCCUACACCUGUUACAUGGCAUCACCUCUUUUUUUGCUGGGUCAGGCUCUUUGUUCAGUGAAGGGAUGGGAAACUUCUAGUCCUUCACAUGUUACUGGACUACAGAUCCCAUCAUUCCUAGCCAUUUGCCAGGCUAGCUGGCGCACAUGAGAUUUGGAGUCCAGCAGCAUCAGGAGGACUACAGGUUCCCUAUCCUUGACCUAGCCCAAUACUGGCAGAUAUAUCCUUUGAUGCAAGUUCCACCAUCCCUGGCUAUUGGCUGGCAGGGGCUGAUAAGUGUUGGGAGUCCAGGAUCAUUUGGAGGGCCGUGGGUUCCUCAUUCCUGGUGCAGGUCAAGUGCCCAACUCUAUAUAAGGCAGUUUGCUACUUCCCUGCACUUUUUAUUCACAUACUAUGUAGGGAUAUUUUUUUUAAUUAGGCAACUAAUAUUGUAAUUAAUAAAUGACUAAGUUAAAGUGGUCUAUGGGGGGAAAUGGGAGUUCCCCAAGGGUUCCUCACCAAUCAGGUAAGUGGCUGUUUAACAAGCUUGUUUUUGUGGGUUCUGAGAUAGUUGAUUGAAAAACCUUAGCAUCUGCUUUACCAAUGAACAUUCGUGUCCCCCCCCACCCCCCAACACAUAGAUGAUGCUCUUCCUUCAAUGUUUCUUGAUCUUGUCUAGGCUGGUCACUGGGCGAACAUGGCGAAUGGGCGAAAUACAGCAACUUCGAUGUGGCGACCCGGGUGCCACUGAUGUUCUAUGUUCCAGGAAUGACAGUCCCCACCUCUCACCUGGGAGAGAGGGUUUUUCCUUUCAUCGAUCCCUUCACACAGGAUUCAAGCCCUGUUGCACAAGGUAAAUCUUCAGAGUUUAAUUAAUGUUGUAAAUAUUUGGGCUGCAACAUUUAAUUGAUUAUUUGGUUGACUCGUUUUAAAACAAGCAAGGCAACAAACCGUUUGGUCAGCAACGAAGGUGCCCUGGUUAAGUGGACACAUUACACACAUUAAUGUUUUAAACAUACAGACAUUAAUGUUUUAAAAUAAAAAUAUUUUUCUACAAAGCACCGUAGAGGGCCAUCUUCAGAGCCGUUUCACUCUCUUUCACAGGAAGGAAUCCCUAUUCCAAGAUGAUGCUUUGUGUUUCGUUUCAAAAUCAUUAUUUUACUUAUGCACAUUUAUGCCUCUUUAAUUGUUUUACUUAAUGACAGCACAACCUGAUAUGUUUUUCUACUCAUCCAUAGCUGUUGUGUGUGCCGUUUUAAAUACUGGAUUUUUUUUACUGUCCUUCUCAAAGUGUUGUGAUUACUCGAAGCAAUGCCAUAUAAAAAUCCAGUAUUAAAACCUAGCAGAACAAAGCCAUAAAAUUCUCACGAAAUCCCAUAACUACAAUCCAAAAGCACUAGUAGCAACACAGUUCAAUUAAUGAUAGCAUAUUAAAUACCUGGGUUGCUUUUUGAAAAAAUCAAAUUUGUUUCAACUUUUAAAAUACCACAAUGGCACGAUGUCAGUAUAUAAGCAAAACACAUGAUACAGAAAUGCUUAAACAUUUGGGCGCACGCACGCACCCCCCACCCCCCCACCCCGACUGUUGUUAGUAUUUCUUGAAAUCCUCCAUCCCACCCAAUCCCCCAUCCCCAAAUACAUUAAAAAAGAUAAAGGACCCCGACAGUUAAGUCCAAUUGCAGAUGACUCUGGGGUUGCAGCGCUCAUCUCGCUUUACUGGCCAAGGCAGCUGACGUUUGUCUGCAGACAGUUUUUCUGGGUCAUGUGGCCAGCAUGACCCAGCCGCUUCUGGCGAACCAGAGCAGGAUACGGAAAUGCCGUUUACCUUCCCGCCGGAGCGGUACCUAUUUAUCUACUUGCACUUUGAUGUGCUUUUAAACUGCUAGGUUGACAGGUGCUGGGACCAAGCAACGGGAGUUCACCCCGUCGUGGGGAUUCGAACUGCCAACCUUCUGAUUGGCAAGUCCAAGGCUCAGUGGUUUACACCACAGCGCCACACUCCCAAAUACAUCAAAGGUAAAGGUACCCCUGACCGUUAGGUCCAGUUGUGGACGACUCUGGGAUUGCAGCACUAAUCUCGCUCUAUAGGCCAGCUCCUGUUGUUCAGUCCCAGCUCCUGCCCAAAUACAUUAGACGACUGGAAAACAUGAACGUAACACCAGUAACAAUAUAAAAGCAACUCUUGAACUUUGGAAAUGACUUUCCCUUUUCACAUCACCAUUUGAAGUGAAGUGACCCAAUUUCUAGAAAGUUGACAUUUCCUCUCUGUUUUGCCUCCCGCUACUAUGAUCUGUUCAGUUAACUUGCCCAGAAUUGCAAAGACCCAGGACUGACAUAACCAUUGAGUUAGAACAGGGAGUUUACUGGACACCUGUAAUUAGGUUCCUCAGGUUUUUAUGGGAAGAAGUCUUGUUUUACUCCUGAGCUGAGAGAUGCAACUCAUUGAUUUUUUGCGGAACGCUCAGAUAGUCAUAGAAACACUUAUUCUGCUAGUACUAAUUUAGCAGCAGCAGGGCUUACUCCUUAGGCAAUAGGCAUGGCUUUUCUUUCUUUUUGCAGUAUUUAAUUAAUUCAAAGCAGCUGGACGUGAUCUGCUGAACUCUUUGGAUGCUCUCUGACCUUUUCCUUAAUGCUUCCUCCCUCCUAGGCAAAUCCGGAGAAAUUGUUGAGCUGGUGUCCCUCUUCCCGACGCUCGCUGAGCUCGCUGGAUUAAAAAUCCCCCCUGUAUGUCCCCAGCCUUCAUUUCACAUCCCCCUGUGUGCUGAGGGGCAAAGCUUGCUGCGUUAUUUCCCAUCCAUCCAUGGAGGCCAAGAAAACAACAGCAAAGGAGCAAAGGAUUCAGAUCCUCCAGUUGCCUUCAGCCAGUAUCCCCGCCCAGGAGACACUCCGGAUUGGAACUCUGAUCUGCCUCUGCUUAAGGACAUAAAAGUGAUGGGUUAUUCUAUACGUACUGCUGACUACAGGUGUACGCUGUGGCUUGGGUUCAACCCCAGCAACUUCACAGUCAAUCUGAACGACGUCCACGGAGGGGAGCUGUAUUUCACAGCGAGUGAUCCCAGUCAAGACCAUAACAAGUACAGAAGCGACAUGCACGGCUUCUUGGCCAAAAAGGUUUGCAGCGUCUGGGAGCACAGAAUUUGGGGUUCACGUCCUCUUCUGUAAGACAUUGCUGCUCAAGUAGUAAAAGACAUACAGAACUUUGUGUUAUACCCAAAGACGUGUCUUGAAUUGUAGCGGCUCUUGGAGCCAAAUCUAAAAUGUGUUGUGUUCUUGUGUACCAAAGAAGUAUUCUUUAGUUCUUUAGAGAGCCAGUGUGGUGUAGUGGUUAAGAGCGGUGGAUUUGUAAUCUGGUGAACUGGGUUCGCUUCCCCGCUCCUCUACAUGCAGCUGCUGGGUGACCUUGGGCCAGUCACACUUCUCUGAAGUCUCUCAGCCCCACUCACCUCACAGAGUGUUUGUUGUGGGGGAGGAAGGGAAGAAGAUUGUUAGCCGCUUUGAGACUCCUUAAGGGGAGUGAAAGGCAGAAUAUCAAAUCCAAACUCCUCUUCUUCUUAAUAAAGAUCCUCCCCUUUGCAAUGACCAUUGA